CUUUUACUCACUUUGUUUCUGCUGGCCGCCUAGAUAGGACAGACAGAUAUGUGAGACCUGGAGAGCUUGAUACCGGUAACCUCUUUUUUAUCCACCGGAAUCUCCGGUUCAUCUACAUAUGUACCUUGCCUUAUCUUACCUACCCAACCUAAUAGUUUCUCGUGCCAUUCACCAAGCAUAAGGAAAGGCUCCCAAGAUGGAGUUCGAGGAAAAUCACAGGAUACGAAUGCAACAUUCAGUCACCACUGUAGCUAGUUCUUCUUCGUCCCGUAGUGAACUUCAUAGAACUGUGAACAUGUCUGAAAGACAGGAAUCUCCUACCAAUCAUAUCGAAGAUAAUUUAGAUCCUACUAUGGCGUCCGAAAACCAGGACCUACCCUUACCACAGUCAACGACAACCCUAGCUACCAGCUUUGCGGAAGCCAUCGACAGCAAGCUCAAAGAUCCUACAGAACCGGACGAAAAGCAUCCCAUCCACAGGGAUUCCGAAGAGAAACAGCCAGUCAACGACCAAACCUCUCAGGAAACCACUCCCAAAGUAGGAUCCGAGAAAGAAGAAGAAGAGGCCAGAGAUGCACCCACGCAACAGGGGCUAAAUGCGAAUAGACAGGCAGAUAGCCAUGACUCUAACGACGCCGAAGAAAAGCAAGUUGAGUACGUGACAGGCAUUAAGCUAGCCCUAGUGCUGGCAGCGUUAACGAUCGUUUAUUUUCUGAUCAUGUUGGAUAACACCAUUCUCGCUACUGCAACCCCCUUCAUUACCGACGAAUUUCACUCAUUGCUGGACGUCGGGUGGUAUAGCAGUGCUUUUCAGCUGGCAUCCUCGGCGUUACAACCUCUGGGUGGAAAAAUCUACUCCAAAUUGAACUCCAAAUGGGCGUUCUUGGUGUACCUCGUCAUCUUCGAGGUCGGCUCCGUCGUAUGCGGGGCCGCUACGUCUUCAAAGAUGUUGAUUAUCGGGAGAGGUGUUGCGGGAAUAGGCGGUUCUGGCCUCAUGAACGGAGCGCUGAUAGUUCUGAAUUCUGCGGUGCCGCCGCAUCGCCAACCAGGUCUUAUUGGAUUCACGAUGGGUCUCGGUCAGCUAGGCAUCGCCUUCGGCCCCCUCAUCGGCGGCGCGUUUACCGAGUACGUGACCUGGCGGUGGUGUUUCUACCUCAACCUCCCGAUCGGCGGUGUCGUCGCCCUCGCAAUAAUCUUCAUCCGCAUCCCGGACCACAUCGAGAAGCCCAGCGCGCGGGAUCUGCUCCAAAACGCCGUCAUGGACUUCGACCUGCCGGGGUUCGCGCUCUUCGCGCCGGCGGCCAUCAUGCUGUUCCUCGCGCUGCAGUACGGCGGGAACCAGUACGCGUGGAACAGCCGGGAGGUGAUUGGCCUGUUCUGCGGCGCGGGUGUUACUUUCCUGAUAUGGCUCGUCUGGGACUGGUACCAGGGCGACAACGCGAUGGUGCCGUACUCGAUGAUGCGGCGGCGGAUCGUCUGGGCCGGCUGUGUUUGCGGCUUGUUCAUGGGCGGGACCAUCUUUGUUACGGCGUACUAUCUGCCCAUCUACUUCCAGGCGAUUCUGGGCGUCUCGCCGUUCAUGAGCGGCGUGUAUAUCCUCCCGAAUAUUCUGUGCCAGAUGGUCUUUGGGAUUGUGGCGGGGGGCUCGAUCCAGAAGAUCGGGUACUUCACCCCGCCCCUUCUCAUAGGCGCUGCCCUCAACGCGAUCGGGUGUGGGCUUUUGAGUCUUCUCACGCCUUACACGCCUACGGGCUACUGGGUCGGGUUCCAGAUCUUGAUGGGAGUUGGCCGCGGUCUUGCCAUGGCAAUCCCCUUCCUCGCCAUGCAAAACACCCUCCCGCGCAACCUAAUCCCCCCCGCCAUGUCCACCCUCGUCUUCCUGCAGAACUUCGGCGCCGCCAUCAUGAUGGUCUUCGGGCAGACGAUCCUCACCAACAGCCUCGUGGACCUGAUACCGCAGGACGCGCCGGGCGUGAACCCGCAGCUGAUCAUCAACGCGGGCACGACGGCGAACGCGCUGGAGCGGGCGGUGGGGCCAGCGCUGCUGCCUAGCGUCAAGUGGGCGUACACGCACGCCCUGCAGCGCGUGUGGUGGUUCUCGGCUGGCAUCGCUACGCCGGCUUUUCUCGUGGGCUGGUGUCUUGGAUUUGUGAAUAUCAGAAACAAGAAGACGAGUGAGGUGGACUCGGAUAAUUCCGCUGAGAACCUCCGGGUGUGAGACAGGCGGGUGUCUCAUGGAGUAUGCUAGAACAACGGGCACGGGAUGGCUGGUAGAUCAUUAUACUACUUGAGCGCGGAUCAGUGUCAAUAAUGUCAAAAUGGUAAUAGUAAUGUGUCAACACAUCCAUGGAAAGUUGGAAAGACAUGC